CAGACAGGAAGUGGUUGCUUGUUCCGACUUUCGUUUUCGCUUCUCCGCUAGAAACUGAACCGAUGUUGUUGUAGUUGGAUAACAGAGACAUGGCAGGUUUAGAGGUGUUGUACACCUGUGUCGCGGGCAGCAUCACCUGUCCGCAGGACGCCGUGGUGUGUUUCGUUCACUGGGAGAUGAUAAAGAGCGGAUUCAGGUGUGUCGGGUCCGGAGAUGCGCCCAGCAGCAGCGAUAAGAAGUCCGAGCUGCUGCCUCCGGACUGGAGCAGCAACAAGGAGCUGUACAGUCUGAGAUACAAACCCAGAGACGGUGACACACAGAUGCUGCUCAAAGCCAUCUCUGUCGACUCCACCUUGAUCUUCAACCUGAUGAACUCCAGCACGCAGCAGGUGUCAGACCUGACGGUGAACAUCAGCGAACACGUGGACGCCAACCAGCUGCACACGUUUGACAGUGUGUUCAAAGAUGCAGACAGUUUGUCAGAGAAGGUGAAGACUCAGCUGCUGCCGCCCCAGGACAGACCGACGGGACAGAGGUCAGAGAAGAAGAGUCAGAGGGAGGAGGAGGAGGAGAGGCAGAGAAGAAGAGGGGAGGACAGCGACCCCCUCCGCAUGCCCAGCAGACAUCCUCGGCAGGGAAUGCAGCCGCACUGGCCCGACCCGAUGGUUCCUCCGUUCGCAGCUGGAGGAGCAGAUCUGGAUCCGUUUGGGUCUCGUGGCGGUGGCGGGAUGAUAGUCGACCCGUUGAGGUCGGGGUAUCCUCGCUCCGGCUUUGACCCGUCCAGCGGAAUACCAGACAUCCUGCCUCCUGGAGCCGUUCCCCCAGGAGCUCGCUUCGACCCGUUUGGACCCGUCGGACGACACAGACCUGGGCCGGAUCCAGACCACAUGCCCCCGCCCGGCUACGACGACAUGUUCAUGUAGUACCCAGCCGUGUUUCCUGCUCUUCUAAUCAACGCCGGGGGAACAUUUUCAUCUUCACCUCCUCGAGGGUUCGGGUUUGAUGCAGUUUAGUGGCCCAGAAAAUAACUUUCUGCCUUCUUAUUUUCUCCUGUUUUCCAAGAGGGAGGGUUUGUUUUUUCUAAUAGUUCAUUUCAUGUAAACUAAUGUAAAACUCGUGUACAUAACUGAUGUCCUGCUGCUGAUGUAAAAUUGGUGUAGAACACACAUCAGCAAACACACGCUCGUCGUUCAUUCAGCUCAAAGUUUUUGAUGCUAAACACAACUUUAAUUUGAAGGAGACGCUCACACACUGGAAAAUAUUUUGUCUUUUAUACCAGCAUCUGAACAUCUGUGACAUCAGGGAGGUAACAUUUGGUCUAAAGUAACUGAGAAAUGAUUCAGCAUCUCCUGUAACCUUCAAAAUAAAAGCCCUCCUUCCCCUGCUUCCUAACGGAUAAAAGAAAGGACUAACAGUCUGUUUAGAUUCUUAUCGCUUUAAACUGUGUCUUCUUGUUAUAAUUUAUUCAUAAAGGAGGAAAUUUUCUUGAAUUUCUUGUAUUUUGCGGAUAUACUAGAAAAGCCUGAGAUAUGGUUCUUUACAGUUGUUUUCUUUGUUUGGAUUGUUGUUUAUUUAACAACAUGGCUGAUUAAAUUAUCUCAAGCCAAAAUGCUCAAAUAAAAAGCUCAGACUU